AUGCAUCUGUCGCUUGUCUCUCUCGCCUUAGCACUUGCGACGAGCGUGGCUGGCCUCUCGCCUCGCAGCAUAUCCAACGAACUCUACGACAACUUUGUGCAAUACACCAAGUAUUCCUCGGCAACAUACCAGCCUGUCUGUUCGAAGCCACUCGGCAACCAAUUAAUACGAUCUUUCGAGUUCAAUAAUACUCGUAGCUUCAUCGUGCGCGAUGAUGUCCGCAAAGAAAUCGUAGUUGCGUUCCGUGGCACCUGGAGUCUGGCGGACGUUAUCACCGAUCUCGAGAUUCUCCUUACGCCGCUCGUUUCGCCUGGUCUGGUUCAGGCUGUGGACGUCGACGUCCACUGGGGCUUUCUCGACGCCUACAACGAUGUUGCCAAGGACAUCCUUUCCAUAAUCACCUCACAACUCUCGACUCGCCAGUAUCGUUUGGUCGUGACUGGACAUAGUCUUGGGGGCUCAGUCGCCUCCAUUGCUGCCGUGUCGCUCAAGACCGCCUUUCCACAUACCGACCUCAAGUUAUUUACCUUUGGUCAUUCAUGGUAUGGUUUGAGUUGGAGAUUGCGUUCUGAUUGUGUUUUAGGCCAGCCUCGUGUGGGGAAUUCAGAAUUUGCGACGUAUGUGGAGGAUCUCCUUGGGACAGAGAACAUCUUUCGGGCUGUCCAUACAUUUGAUGGUGUUCCUACUAUCAUCCCACAGGCUUUAGGAUAUCAACACUUUGCAACGGAAUAUUGGCAAUAUCUCGACCCAAUCCCUCCCACGCAGCCCAGCGACAGUGUUACACGUUGUGUCGGCAGAGAAGACCCAGCUUGCAGCAACUCUCUUAUAUCCACGGGCAUCAACGUGGCUCAUCCCGUGUACUUUGGCCAGGUCAUGGCAAUCGACCCGACGCUUUGCAUCUGA